AUGCUGGAGUACCUAAGCAUCCCAUCAGGGGCCCUAACCGUAUUCCUCGUGGUCCCCAUCCUCCUCAUCCCUAUUGUCAUCCUCGGCCCGGAAAGCAACCAAUUCCGCCGCCUUCAACAACUCUACAGCAGUGAAAUUGUCUCUCUGCGCGUAUAUCCCAUAAAGUCCUGCCGCGGGUUCACAGUGAACAAGAGCACGCUCCGCUCGCAUGGUCUCCAUCUCGACCGACAGUGGAUGUUCGUUAAUGCGGAGACGCUGCAGUUCCUGACCAUUCGUCAGAUUCCGGAGAUGACGCUGAUUAACACGGGUCUUAGCGAGGAUGGAAAUUCGCUUUUGUUGAGUAUUACUGGUGUUGGUGGGAAUGUCGCUACCAUGGAGAAACCGAUUAGUAUCCCCGCAGUUCCCAAUGCGGACUGGCUGGAGAAGCACACUACGCUUUCGCAAGUUAAGGUGUGGGAUGUAGUCACAGACGGCUACGUGUAUGGCAACGAGGUGAAUGAGCCUUUCUCGCGCUUCUUAGGCCGCGACGUCGUGCUUGUGUAUAAGGGUCCCACGCCACGGAUUCUGCAAGGAAACGGGGACCCCCAACUUUUGGGCCGCACGCAGAGUGUGAACUUUCCUGAUGUUCAUCCCAUUCUUAUCGCUUCUGAGGCUUCCAUUGCGGAGCUGAACUCGCGGCUUCGUCAAAAGGGUGGCGACCCUAUCACUAUUGAGCGCUUUCGCCCGAACAUCGUGGUCAAGGGGAAUGCGCCCUGGACUGAGGAUUCGUGGAAGACUGUUCGGUUCAAUAGUAGCAGUGGUAGUUUGACAGGAAAUGGAGACUCGUUCGUUCCGUCAUCACCUGCGCUUGAUCUUGAUAUCGUGGCGCGAUGUGCACGGUGCCAGGUACCGAAUGUCAAUCCCGAGACGGCGGAGAAGCACCCAAAGCAACCUUGGGAUACGCUUGUGAGUUACCGGCGGGUUGACGAGGGGAUCAAGUUUAAGCCAUGUUUCGGGAUGCUUGCUGCGCCGAGGAAUGAGGGUGCUAUUGAGGUUGGGAUGAGGUUCGAUGUAUUGGAGGAGACGAAUCAGCAUCGGUAUAUCAAGGGAUUUUAA